AUGAGUGUAACUUUGAAGCUUUGCAGACGUCGCGAGAUGCGCACGAUUCGAAGUAAUAUAAGGAAGAACACAGUGAAAACGUCUGCAUGGCCCUAUGUGAGAUAUGCUACCAUUUUAUUAUUGUUCCACAGUCAUACACCAGUUACUCAAGUGUGUAUAAUGGGGUAUCAGUUGUGGCCCUAUUUAGUCUGUGCUAUCGGACUAAUGCUAGGGUUGAGCCCAUCGUAUAUUCAUCCAGAUGAACAUUUUCAAUGCAUUGAGAUUUUGGUUAUGCAGUUUACAAAGGCCAAAGGUACUGUACCAUGGGAAUUUGAACCUAGCUUUGCUGCUAGAAGUUACGUCCCUUUACUUUUGUUCUAUGGACCAUUGUUCACGAUUUUAAAAUCUUUUCCCAACGCUCAGAGUAACCCAAUAUUAAUCCUGUAUCUAAUGAGAUUACAAAACUACGUAAUGAUCGUAUUGUGCUGUCAUUUUAUAAUUCCAAAAUUGAUGAGGAGUGACAAAAGGGCGGUACAAUCUAUGAAAAAGGGGAUAAUUUUAACUUCUUACGUGACCUGGACGUACCAAACGCACACGUUUUCCAAUUCCAUCGAGACUCUUAUUUUGAUGUCGACAUUGAUUGUAAUGGAGAACAUGGUGAACGAAGAAAAUAUUACGAAGAGAAAAUUCAAAGAAUCGAUUUUAUUGGGACUACUGUUUAGUCUUGGCGUUUUUAAUAGGGUCACUUUCCCUGCGUUUAUUUUAUUACCGUGCUUGAUUCUAUUUUGGAAGUAUUACCGGGUUCAUUGGCAGUCCUUCUCCUUACUUUUACUUUCAUCUAUAUUUUUCUCUUUUCUAUUUGUUUUUAUUGACACAUAUAUUUUCAAUGGCGGAGAAAGACUUGUUAUUGCACCUUUGAAUAAUUUGAAAUAUAAUCUUGAUGUCCAGAAUUUACAGUUACAUGGAUUGCAUCCAAGAUACACUCAUUUACUGGUCAAUUUACCGCAAGUACUGGGCCCUGUAUUGCUAUUAGCGAUUCUAUCUGGUUACAAACUCGAUAGUUUGUCUACAUACUCAAUAGUAUCAGGUAUGAUUUUCCUCUCACUUUUUCAGCACCAAGAACUGAGAUUUCUGAUACCGCUAGUUCCAUUAUUUGUGACAAACUUAAACUGGACACCUCUGAGCUCGGCGUUAAUGGGCAAAAAAAUGUUUAAAGGAACUUGGUUUCUUUUUAACAUAAUCAUGGCUUUCAUCAUGGGAAUUUCACAUCAAGGCGGAAUAAUUCAAUUUUUAGGAGAUUACUUUCACUUUCAUACUGAGCCGAUGGGUGUCCACAUAUGGUGGAAAACAUAUUCGCCACCCACAUGGAUGUAUAUGGACGAUGCAAUAACAAUCUCCUCAAUCGUCAAUUCGAAAGAUGGCGUUGAAUCUUUAAAUGAAAUAGCAUUCAAACUAGGCACCCAUCAUGUAAUAGACCUCAAAGGCUGCGACCUGCCACUUUUGGAGGAAACAAUCACAAAAUUACGUCUAAAUGGAUUAGAGACUCCACUAACUUUAAUAACACCCGAUUCGAUGAUUUCAGAGGUGAAGAAAUUGAUGAGAGAUGAAACAGUGAAGUUAAUAUCAAAAAGGCAUUAUUUAUUCCAUUUAGAUCUUGAUCAUUUUGAUUUUAACGAUUAUACGACUUUUAAACCCGGGCUUACAGUGUAUUCAAUCGAGCUGUUGUAA